GUGGUUGGCGCGAACCCGACCCGAAAUACGUCGACGUGGCCCAAUUUUAAACGGGUCAUUUACUAUACUUCUUCAACGGAGAAAUCGAAUUCUGAGUCAUAACGGCGACAAUGGAGGCUUAUGCUUCUUCAUCACUGUGUCGAGUUCGGUCUCUGUGGAACGUUGGAUCAGGACCAAGUCAGGUAAAAUCUACGGCUAGUUUCGUAUCUCCGGGAAGAAGAAGAAGAAGCCACGGCUUGAUGAUAAGUAAUCGACGGCUCAGAACGACGUCGUCGGCUCUAAGUGAACUCGCUGAGACGGUGGCGGAGACAGGCAAAUCGGAGAUUACGUGGCAGAUUAUAGUUGGAACUAUUGCUGGAGUCAUACCAUUCGUUGUUGCAGGUGUCGAAUUCAGCAAAAGAAUAAUUGCACAGAAGAAAUGUGAAGAAUGUGGAGGAACAGGACUUGUUUUUAAAAACAAAAAAUAUUUUCGUUGUCCUGAGUGUGGUGGGUUUCUUCCAUGGCAGUCAUGGAGAAGAUUCUUUACAGGCUGAUGAUGAUCUCUGUAAUAUUAUAAUCUGAAAGCAAUAGGUGAAAAAAGGGAGGAGAUUCUCUUGAAUACGUAUAAUGAUUUGUGUAUUUUACAACACAUUUUGAAAUUCAAGAAAAAAACAAACAAAUAUGUUGGGAGAUUAA